GGAGAAAAAAAAAUCUCAAAGGGUGCCGCCAUAUUGCGGAUCUGUCAGCGGACGCGGCGCUGCCGCAAAUCUAGCGAGCCCCCCUGAGGGAAACGACAGCUCGCCGCCGCGGCCCUCGGAGAGUCUCAUCAACGCUGCCAGCCAAGCUGUGUAACCGACGUGUCCCGUCCGCUUGUUGUCCCCCCCCUUUAGGUCGACUCCAAGUCAGUUGUCGAGACCUUCGGAAGCAAAGCAUCCGACGAGAGCUGGCCGCUCCCGGCGCCUCAGUUCGGCAGAAAAAAAGACAAGAGUGAGCAAGAAAAAGAGAAGAAAAGGAAAAUGCCGAAACCAAUUAAUGUAAGGGUUACCACCAUGGAUGCAGAGCUAGAGUUUGCCAUUCAGCCAAACACAACAGGGAAACAGCUUUUUGAUCAGGUAGUAAAAACAGUUGGCUUACGAGAAGUCUGGUUUUUCGGAUUGCAGUAUGUGGACAGCAAAGGGUACUCAACUUGGUUGAAAUUAAACAAAAAGGUAACACAGCAAGAUGUAAGGAAAGAAAAUCCAUUUCAGUUCAAAUUUAGGGCAAAGUUUUUUCCUGAGGACGUUUCCGAAGAAUUGAUUCAAGAAAUAACUCAAAGACUCUUUUUUCUGCAAAUCAAAGAAGCUAUCUUGAAUGAUGAAAUCUAUUGUCCACCUGAAACUGCAGUUCUGCUAGCUUCCUACGCUGUUCAAGCAAAAUAUGCUGAUUACAAUAAGGAAAUACAUAAACUAGGAUAUUUAGCCAACGACAGACUUCUUCCUCAGCGUGUUUUGGAACAACAUAAACUGACAAAAGAGCAGUGGGAAGAAAGAAUACAAAAUUGGCAUGAAGAACACAGAGGGAUGUUAAGGGAAGAUUCUAUGAUGGAAUACCUCAAAAUUGCACAAGAUUUGGAAAUGUAUGGAGUCAACUAUUUUGAAAUUAAAAACAAAAAAGGAACUGAGUUAUGGCUUGGUGUUGACGCUUUGGGUUUGAAUAUUUAUGAACAUGAUGACAAGUUGACUCCGAAGAUAGGUUUUCCUUGGAGUGAGAUAAGGAAUAUAUCAUUUAAUGACAAAAAGUUUGUGAUAAAGCCCAUUGACAAAAAGGCCCCUGAUUUUGUUUUUUAUGCACCCCGUCUGAGAAUUAAUAAGCGGAUAUUGGCACUAUGCAUGGGAAACCAUGAGCUAUACAUGAGAAGGAGAAAACCAGAUACAAUUGAAGUGCAACAAAUGAAGGCCCAAGCUAGAGAAGAAAAACACCAAAAACAAUUGGAGAGAGCCCAACUAGAGAAUGAAAAAAAGAAAAGGGAAAUAGCUGAAAAAGAAAAGGAAAGAAUAGAGCGUGAAAAAGAAGAAUUGAUAGAACGACUAAGACAGAUCGAAGAACAGACAAUGAAGGCCCAAAAAGAACUGGAAGAGCAAACAAGAAGAGCUCUAGAGCUGGAUCAGGAACGAAAAAAAGCAAAAGAGGAAGCAGAGCGCUUGGAAAAAGAACGAAGAGUUGCUGAAGAGGCAAAAGCUGCUCUUGCAAAACAGGCAGCAGAUCAGAUGAAGAAUCAGGAACAACUAGCAGCAGAACUUGCUGAGUUUACUGCAAAGAUUGCACUUUUGGAGGAAGCCAAGAAAAAGAAGGAAGAAGAAGCUUCAGAAUGGCAACACAAAGCUUUUUCAGCUCAAGAAGAUCUGGAAAAGACCAAAGAAGAAUUGAAAACUGUAAUGUCAGCUCCGCCCCCACCUCCACCCCCACCAGUAAUUCCUCCCACAGAUAAUGAACAUGAUGAACAAGAUGAAAAUAAUGCUGAAGCAAGUGCUGAACUGGCUUCUGAAGGUAUCAUGAAUCACAGAAGUGAGGAAGAACGUAUUACAGAAUCACAGAAGAAUGAACGAGUAAAGAAACAACUUCAGGCUCUCAGUUCUGAAUUGGCGCAAGCCAGAGAUGAAACUAAGAAAACCCAGAAUGACGUACUUCAUGCUGAAAAUGUUAAAGCAGGCCGUGAUAAAUACAAGACUCUUCGACAGAUACGCCAAGGCAAUACAAAGCAGCGGAUUGAUGAGUUUGAAGCAAUAUCCUGACAGCCACCAGAGUCUGGAUCCUGUUACUGCAUAUCCACAGCUGUGAGUAUUAGAUUUGGCAGUGGGGGAGGGGGGAGAGUUGGCUUUGCACAAUGUGCCUAUUUGCUACUGAAUACAGUUUCAAGGUUAAUAUUGCUUAAUAUCAGUUGGUCACUGAGAAUCAAUAUGCAGUUGUGGGAUGUAAAUGUGAUAUGCAUAAAAAAGAUUUUAAGCAUGUUUUGUUAACACAAUCAUAUAGACGUUAUCAAAGCAGUUUUCAGACUGCUCUCCAUAAUUCUUUAGGAUUUGACUUGUUGACUAUGCUAUUUAACAUACUGUAUAUGUGACACUGUUAGAAGUUGUAUGGAGUUCAAUGGUCCCAGUGUGCUGAUGGCAUCAAACCUCAGCAAAAUCUGAGGAAGCUAUUUGAAAGCAGUGCCUUGUGAGAGCAGAAAACUGGAUUAAGGUGAAACAGCUUUAGAGCUCUUCAAUCUGUUGAAAGGCAGUUCAGGAAAAAAAGGGAUUACAAUUCCCUUGAAGAUUCCCGACUAGAAACUUGAUUAUGAUCUUCAAUCCAAUUCUAGAUAGAGCCAGCAUGUACCAGUACCAGUGAAACUAGUGUAUCUCCCCAUUCCCCCCCCCCACAUACACACACACUUUAAAGACUGUCCAUCUCAUUCAUAGUGACUCUAUUCCUGGAAUUACCAGACAAAUCAAUUAUAUAUAUUGAUUUCAUUGUGACUUCCAAAUGAGUCUAAUUUAGGAAGAAAUUAUGUCCAUGUCUCCCCUCAUUCUUAUGAUAAAUUUAUAGAGAUACAAUUUCAAAGGUCUUCUGAAACAUAUUUUCUUAUUCUCUUAAUUAUUACAUUUGGGGAGGGGACCUAUAAUUUAAUGAUCUACAAUUAUUCCCUAACAAUUAAUCAAGGCUGGUGGGAUUCUGAGGCCAACAACUUAUGUCAUUAUUCUAAACCACGGAGCAUGCAGAGAUGAGUCUUCUAAACCUUUGCUACUGGCCAUGUUUGAUGGGCCUCUAUCUAUCUAUUCUAAUCUAAAGUAUCUGGAGGGUGCAGUAUGGUGAAUCCCCAACUUUAAUUGCUGUUGCGAAACUAAAUAACCAUGCUUGUAUUGGUAAGAUUCUUUACUAGUUUAUUAAAUCUUCUUGGUUUCUUCUUCUCUGUCUUUAUGCAGGUUACAAAAAUACAAUCUCUUGCAGCCCUUAGAAUAAACUUAUUAAGAAGCAACAGAAGAUUCUGAGGUCUGCCUCUGUGCUUCUGUUAUUUGGAAGUUUGUAAUUUUUUAAACAAAAGGUGGUGGUUUUUUUUGCAACUUUAUUGAUAGGACAUUUCUCCAAUCAAUUCUCCAAACGAAUUUUGUCAACCAUUUAGAGAAAGCAUGUUUUAGAAAUCAUUGGUGUGACAUUUUCUCAAAGGAAAGGAAGUUCAAAUGUUUGUUUUUCAUUUCAUGUAUGAGAUAAUGUGGAUAAGAUCUGAUACUCUGCAUGAAGCUUGGCCAAAGUGGGCAUAUAAGAUUGAUAAAUUUCAAGUAUUUUCCUGUCCAUUCUUAAUUUUUAAGUACUGUAUAUUAAGUGAUGAUAACUCAGGAUAAGAACAAUUGAUAAUUUUUUGAGAAAAAUUAUCUUCACAAAUUGUUUUAAGUUGUAGGUCAAUAUAAAUCUGUUUCAUCCUUCCCGACACUAUUUACUGCAUAUACCUUGCAAUCUUUCUCUCAAAAUUGGAUGCUUUGAGGGAAAAGUGAAUAGAAUGGAACAGAUUUAUACCAAUCUACAAACUCUUGUUUAAAGAAUCAAAGAUUUCUGAACAAUGUUUUCAAUUUAUACAGUGAGAAGGUAAAAUAUACACACAAAGAGAACUACAAAUUAAUUAUCAGCUUACCUUGUGGAGUUAUGCAAACUAUGUUACUCCAAGGACCGUAUAUUUUGAAUUUCAUCAUUGAAAAUAUUACUGGAAUUGGGAAGUUUUGUAACUAACCUAGAUUUAGAGAUAAUCAGUGAAGUGACCAUGUUUGCUAGGAGUUCAGAAUUAACUGGAAAAUGAGAAACCUUCAAACAGAAAUGAGAGCAUUAACAUGCAAAUGUAGUCCAGUAUAAGCAAAUGUAAAGCACAUACCAGAAAGUGUUUGUGUGGAACUAACCACACUGAUAAUGGAGUUUUAUUAUGUUUAUGAUGUGGCAAUGAUAGAAAGCCCUUGUGUGAUUACAUUCACGCAUUAUAUUUAUAUUCUUGUUUAAGCAUGACUUACUGAACAGCUACAAUUAGCAAGCUGCAUAUAAUAAGCCAUAGUUUAUAAAUUGCUCAUUGGGUUCACUAUUUAUUAGAUGUUUACAUUGCUUGACUCCCAACAACCCUGGUUGAUUCAUAAAUAAAAACAAGAGAAUAAUAAAGAUAGGUUUAAAUAAAAUAUGGCUCAGUACUAUAUGCAAACCAAAUCAUAGUAUUAUUGUGUACUGUGAAAAUGGCAAAGUUAUACUGGGCGGACACGAACUGGGGGGAAAAAACCAGUACCAAAGUACCUUUGCAGAUAUUUGUGAUGCAAUAAAACAUAGAGUAUGAUAUGCAAUUCUUUUAUUUUCAGCACUGGAAGCAGUGUGUUACAGUCAACACUAAUUGCUGGAGAACGGGAGGUGCUGUUGUGCUUAUAAAGGCAUCUGGUUUCAAAGAUUAGGAACAAUUUUAGAACAGAUGUCCUUUGGCUUGAUGCAACUCAGCUUCUCUAAGUUCUUACAUUAAAGCACAAAAGAAUAUAAACAUGAUGAUUACCUGGAUUGUCAAAGUUCAUAUUGCAAGUAAAAACUUUGUGCCUGCUGUUUCACAUUUUUGCAAGGGACAGCAGCUUCUAAUGCCAAACUGUCAAUAUACAGUACAUCCUUCAAGUGAAAAAUAUGUACACCGCUUCACAGUCGUAUUACCUAAGCAUUUCCUCCAUUAGAAACAGUAAACUUUAGUUGUUUUAUAUCAAGAGUCAGAAAUCCAAAUAAGCUGUAGACUAACAACAGAAUAGAGAUUUACAUAUUGUCAUCAUCAUCGCUGAAUAAAGUAUGAAUAGAGGGUUUGUUAUUUGAAUAAAAGCAAGUAAAGUCAUGUCAAAGAAAAAAAAAGUCAAACCAGAAACUUUUAUUAUUUCUUAUUUCUCUUUAUUUCACAAGAGUCGUAUUGUUUUUUCUGUACAAAUAAGGAAUUUGUGUUUCCAGUUUUUUAGCUAUCCAUCUGGCUGAGUAUGACUAUGCCAUGUUUUCCCUAAUUUUCUUGAAUUAUUUAGGGGAAAAUAUUGAGCCAUUUGUAACCAAUCAUUUUAUGGUUCCUCUGGCAUGCUGCAUUUCCUUUUGUAAAUUUCUUUUAAAUUACCACUUUACUAUAAUCUGGAAAGCUCAGGAAUAUAUUCUAUUCAUCUUUGAGUGUGUGUGUGUAUGUAUGUAUAUGUAUGUAUGUAUAUACAUACAUAUAUAUGUCUAAAAUAUAAAACCUAUUAUUAAAUUUGUAUUUUUUGCUCUUUAAACGAAGUUUGGUUUUAUUUAUUUGUGAUAAGAUUGGUCUAAACCCUAAGGGUGGGGAGGAGGGGAGCUGAAUCAUCAAAUCAUGAAUCAUCAAAUCAUGUACCUCUGUACUCCCUGGCCAGGAGGUUUAUUACUGAAAUUACUUUAUUCUAUUUUUAUCCUUUAAUCAACAGAGAAACAGUGUUCUCACUCAACACACUAGAGAAAUGGGGGUGAAUCCCUGGUUAAGAACCCUGAAACAUAGGUGGGUGCACUGGGUACUACAAGUCUUAACUCCAAAGUAACAAAAUAAGCCAGGAUACAAAAUCCCAGAAGGGAGAUCAGGUUUGACACCUUCAGCUUUCCAUAUGGAUACAGCCAUUCACCUUGGUUUCAAGCCACAACCAGGUAACAAUAUACUGUUAUGUACUCUGCACCUCGAUAUUGAAAAUGUCGUUAAAAAUAAAACAAACAUUUUAAGAAAAAUUAUUCAAGAAAACAAGGAUUUGACAUUCACAUAUUCUAAAAUUCAGCAAGGCAAGGAAGAUAUGCAGUGGACCACGUCAAUUAAAGCAGCUUGACUGGUGGGGCCCGGGAAGAGCGCUUUCUCUGCCAUUUUCCCACCCUUUGGAACAUUCUCCCCUCAGAGGUGAGGCCGAACUCUCCUGGCUUUUCAAGCAUGUCGGAAGACCUGCCAACUCGCUUCAGUUACCGCCCUGAAGCCCCUCCUCUGCCUUUUUAAUUAGUUUUUAUUGUAAUCUCUAUUGUAUAUAUUGUUUUGUUUUCAUGCCUAUUUAUACUGCCCAGUCACUCUAUGAGGUAGAUGGGCAGUGUAUGAAUGUGAUGUAUAAAUAAACAGUUCUGAGUUGAACUUUUA